GGGGCUGAGACAUUAUCUGCAUUAUGGACAAAUAAGAGGAAAAAAGGAAUACAGUUUCGGUCAACAGUCCACAUCUAUUAGAUUUUUUCUAUGUUGGUUUCACGUUGGAUUGUAUUAUGUCUUCGCUUAACAGGAGUACUGUGGCGGCAUACGUGUUAUUCCUGCUGCUGGAUUGUUACUGGGAAGCGGUGUCGGGGCAGCUCUCAUACUCCAUAUCAGAGGAGGUGAAUCCGGGGACUUCUGUUGGAAAUAUAGCCAAGGAUCUAAACCUCAGUGUCGAUGAUCUGGAGUCACGUAUGUUUCAGAUUGUGACCGGAUCGAAGCGAAAAUUUUUCGAGGUAAACCUAAAGACUGGUGUUCUCUUUGUUAAUGACAGAAUAGACAGAGAGGAGCUCUGUGCGAAGGCAACGAAAUGCACAGUGAGCGUGGAGGCUGUGAUAAAUGCUCCACUGAAGCUUUACCGCUUGGAAAUAAAUAUUGUAGAUGUUAAUGACAACUACCCGACUUUCAGUGCUAAAUCGCAAAGCAUUGAAAUAGCCGAAAACACGCUGCCUGGGACUAAAUUUCUUGUGCUGUCUGCCUAUGAUGCUGAUGUAGGAAAAAAUGGCAUCAAUACAUACAAGCUAAAUCAGAAUGAACAUUUUUCAUUAUCGGUGAACAAAGGAGAGAGUGUGUCUGCGGAGCUCGUGCUCCAGAAACCUUUAGACCGAGAAAAACAAUCUGUAAUUAAACUCACACUGACUGCUGUGGACGGAGGGACACCCCCGAAAUCCGGAACAUCACAGAUAAUAAUAAAUGUCUUAGACGUUAAUGAUAACUUCCCAGUAUUUACCAAACCAUUGUAUAAAACAAGCAUUAUUGAAAAUGUACCGCCUGGCACAUCAGUAAUAACGGUAACGGCGACAGACGCUGAUGAGGGACCAAACAGUGAGAUUUCAUAUUCACUGAGCAGCAAAGAUCAAGACCAUGUUUUGGAAAUAUUUCAAAUUGAUGAGCUCACGGGUUUACUAACAGUUAAGGGAAAGAUUGACUUCGAAGAGUACCAGGCUUUUGAAAUCCGCGUGCAGGCAAGUGACAAGGGCUCUCCUCCAAUGGCAGCACAAUGCAAAGUACUAAUAGAAGUGCUGGAUUUAAAUGACAAUAUUCCUGAAAUAACUGUCACAUCAUUAAUUAACAGCGUGAAAGAAGAUGCAAAAAUAGGUACUGCUGUUGCACUUGUGUCUGUCUUGGACAGAGAUGGAGGUAAAAACGGAGCAGUUUAUUGUGAUAUUAAAGAUGACAGCCCUUUUAAAUUGGACACAAAUUAUAAAAACUAUUACUCUUUGGUGGUAGACGGACAGCUAGACAGAGAGAGUGCUUCACACUAUAAUGUCACUAUUACAGCGACAGAUGAUGGAACUCCUGCUCUCACGA